UUUAAACUCUUAAUCCUGAUACUUGCACUUUGUCCUUCAGCUAUUGAUUCUUCUUUUCAAUACUUCAAUAUGGUUGAACAGUGGCCGGGUGGUUAUUGCCAGUUCCACAGAUGCCGAAGAGUUCCUUGGCCAAAUGAUUUCACUAUCCAUGGCCUGUGGCCAGCAAACCACACUGGCACAGUGGAAAAUUGCAAAAAAACCGAAUUUGCUCCAAUACAGGAUGAAAACAAAUUUAAACAACUGGACUCAAUCUGGCCUAACCUUGACCAACCAAGACCAGAAUAUGACAGAUUAGGAAGUCGUGUCCUAGCCCAAUCAUUUUGGGGACAUGAAUGGAAGAAGCAUGGGACGUGUUCCGAGAACAUGUACAACCAGACUCAGUACUUCGAUCUUGCUAUUAAACUGAAGAAUCGAUAUAAUCUUUUAAGCAUUUUAGAACAGGGCGGAUUAUCCCGGGGCCACAGUCAUGAAUUAAGUGACGUUAACUCUACGAUUUGGCGUACAACUCAUGGGACUCCGGAUCUAAAAUGCCUGAACGACGCUCGAGUUCACCGCAAUGUGCCAGUACUGCAAGAGAUAGGAAUCUGCUACCGACCUAGCAAAAACCGAAGUGGGCAAGUUUCUUUUUCCGUCAUUAACUGCCCUCAUAGCCGUACCAGGACGUGUUAUCGAGGGCUAGGAAACGGCAAGAUUGUAUUUCCAUAAUACGCUUGUUCCACUGCAUUUUUUUUUUCAACUGAUCCUAGUCUGAUAAGAGACUG